AUGGCGUUCCGAACUUUGUUUCCUGGUGUGGCCGUGGUGACCGGUGCUGGUGGAACUGGUAUUGGAGCAGCUGUUGCAAAGGCCUUCGCUGCAGCUGGCUGUGAAAGGAUUGCCAUUACAGACGUGAAUGAGAGUACUCUUGAGCAAACUAGGUCAGCAGUCGCUGCCGCUCACCCUAAGGCCCGCCUCCUGGCUUUGGCCGGGAACGUCGCUGACGAUCGAUUUACGGAAUCUUUUAUUGAUAAAGUCGUGGGGACUUUUGGACGUGUUGACUAUGGUGCGAACUGUGCUGGCGUGCUUGGUGUACCGGCUAGGUCAUCAGAGACAUCUCUUGCCGAGUUCGAUCGAGUCAACAAUAUCAAUUAUCGAGGAUGCUGGCUAUCUUCUCGCGCCUUAUUAAAGCAGAUGGUCGUCCAAGAUCCUCUACCCAGUCAUGAAGCUAGCCGCCCGCCACAGCGUGGCGCAAUAGUAAAUAUCGCCAGUCAGCUGGGGGUCGUCAGUCGUCCUAAUGCCCCGGCAUACUGUGCAUCAAAGUCUGCUAUCAUAGGGUUGACACGCGCAGAUGCGAUCGAUCACUCUCAAGAUGGGAUUCGAGUCAACUGUGUCUGUCCAGGAGUCAUAGAGACGCCUCUCGUGAUGGAGAAGAAGGAGGUUCGCGAUGCAAUUCUACCAGCAGUAGAGACAGCCCCCAUGAAGAGAAUGGGAACACCAGCUGAAGUUGCUGACGUGGUGCUAUUUCUUUGCUCGACGCAGGCAUCAUUCGUUCAGGGUCAUGCGAUGUUGGUAGAUGGCGGCUAUAUCACGGUGUAA